UGUGGCUCCUCAGCACCCGUCGCUCCUUUCCUCCGUGCUGCCGCUGGAGUUAGCUAGGAACCAGAGGAAGGUCUGUCAGUCGUGACAGUCGGGGGGGUUUAUUCUCCUAAACUUUUCCAAGUAACAGUUGUACCUGAAAGACGAGGAGAGUGUUUGGUCUGUGCAUGGGAGCUCCCUGGGAACGGCGAAGGGAGAAGACUGUGCUGGUGGUCCUGACAGUUUAGCAGGAUGAGUGAGGCGGAUGGCCAUUUCUACAGUGUUCAGGUGGGAGACUCCACCUUCACUGUUCUCAAGCGCUACCAACAGCUUCGUGCCAUCGGCUCGGGGGCCCAAGGCAUUGUCUGCUCUGCUCUAGAUACAGUCCUUCGUAUACCUGUGGCAGUAAAAAAGCUAUGUCGGCCCUUCCAGAACCAGACCCAUGCAAAGCGUGCAUACAGGGAACUGGUGCUACUCAAAUGUGUCAACCACAAAAAUAUCAUCCGUCUGAUCAAUGUUUUCACGCCUCAGAAAUCUCUGGAGGAGUUCCAGGAUCUGUAUCUGGUGAUGGAGCUGAUGGAUGCCAGUCUAUGUCAGGUGAUCCACAUGGACCUGGACCAUGAGAGGAUGUCCUACCUGCUUUACCAGAUCCUUUGUGGCAUCAGACAUCUGCACUCAGCUGGGAUCAUCCACAGGGAUCUGAAGCCUAGCAACAUUGUUGUGAAGUCAGAUUGCACUCUGAAGAUUUUGGAUUUUGGCCUGGCAAGGACAGCCUGUACUAACUUCAUGAUGACCCCUUACGUGGUAACCAGAUACUACCGUGCCCCUGAGGUUAUUCUGGGUAUGAAGUAUAAGGAGAAUGUGGACCUGUGGUCAGUCGGCUGCAUAAUGGCUGAAAUGAUCUCUAACAAAGUCCUCUUUCCUGGAAAGGACUACAUCGACCAGUGGAAUAAGGUGAUUGAAAUCCUGGGCACGCCCAGUCUGGAGUUUAUGAACCGACUGAUGGAGACCGUGAGGAACUAUGUGAUGAACAAGCCACAGUAUCCAGGCGUCAGCUUUGCUGAACUUUUCCCAGACUGGGCUUUUCCUUCCGAGUCAGAACAUGACAAACUAAAGACUGGUCAAGCACGAGACUUGCUCUCCAAAAUGCUGGUCAUUGAUCCUGAGUGCCGCAUCUCUGUAGAAGAGGCCCUCAAUCAUCCCUACAUCCACGUUUGGUACGACCCUGCAGAGGCAGAUGCGCCUCCUCCCCAGAUUUCAGAUAAACAGUUGGAAGAGAGAGAACACACUAUUGAGCAGUGGAAAGAACUAAUUUAUGAGGAGGUGAUCGACUGGGAGGAGAGGAACAAGAACGGUCUAAUGAAAGAAGAUUGUCCAGAUGUGGUGUCCGGUUCAGCGUCCCAGUCUUCCUCUGCAAAUGAUAUCUCCUCCAUGUCCACGGAGCACACCUUAGCGUCGGACACAGACAGCAGCAGCAUCGACACACUGACAGGACCACUGGACGAGAGUCAGUAAACGCAGCCUGUCCACCGACAGCUGUCCUCUCCCCCACGAUAUCUAAGUAUCUAUCAACCCUCUCGUUUUAUUUUUGUUCUGUUUUUCUCAUCUUUUCUCUGAAACUUCAAUGAACGGGUCUGUUUUUCUGUUUUCUUUCCUUGUGUGAUGUGGUGGAGCUUGUUGAUCCUCUUCUUCUGCAAACUUUAUUUGAGGUCAAAGCUAUCAAUGCUAUCCUUUAAGUCAAAAGGUUUUUUUUUCCUUUUCUUCUUUUUCAUGGAUGUUUAACUUGAUCAUGUAUACAAACAUGCAUCCAUACUGAUUUUCAGGUUUCUAGAAAUAGGUGGGGGAUUAUUGUUAGGUCUGUAUUCCUGUAUUUUAACAGUUUUAUUAUUUCUUUUUAGGAAAUAUUAAGUUGCAAUAAGACUUUGUCAUUUGAUUAGAGCAGACUCGCACUUAAACAUUAGGCCGCAGUCGCUAGGUGCUCUCAUGCAUGUUACGCCAAAAAGAACAAAAAGCUUGUCGACAUCUGGUGUUCAUUUGAUGAUCAAAUGCUGAUCUUAAGUUUGAAUGAAUCUCUAGCUCGCUCUAAGUAUGCAUAUAUACACUGUGGUGCAUUCUGCACAGUGUUUUCUAAUUAAUUGGCAUGAGUGACGUGGAUUUUGAGCUUUUACUCCUGACAGCUAGGAAAAGCUGUGGUUGCAGUGUUACAGUUUUAUUUCCUGAUAUAAUGUACUGUAUUUAAAAAUGUCAAGAUCCAACACUCGCAGUUGUUGUAGACCCUUUCAUUGCAAAUAGAUAAGGUGUGCUCAUUCUGUUAGGACAUUACACAUAUCUGUAAGAACUACAUAUAUAGAUAUAUCACAAUCACCCCUCUUUGACUUAAGGUACCUGCUAUCUACGUGUAUAUCAAAAGCAGCUUAUAACCCUAUAAAUCUGAAAGGGGCAUAAUGAUACAUGUAUUUAUUUUUUUGUUUUUGCAAAAUGUUGCACACACGCUGCACCGAAGCCCGUGGAAAUCAAGCCUUUUAUUAAAACAUUUCAUAGUUAAAUAAAUCAUGGGCUGCUCCUUUUCUAAACCAUUCCAGUAAAGUUAUAGAAUUAAUCAUUAAAUUAGACAACCUGUGGAAGACCGUAAAACACAACGGCUGUGUUUAACUUGCAUGAAGGCACCGUGCCUACAAGAUACAGUAGGUUUUGGUAUAAUCAGAAAUCCAUUCGGGCCUGUUUUCUUUUUGUUUCUUUUCUUCCUCAGUACCCUGGUGCUCUUGGUUCUGAGAGCCUGAUUGAGAGAUGUAUUUUUUUGCCUCGUAAGCCUGUAUGUGAUAUCAAAAUGUACUGUGCAGCACUAUUUUUAUUAUCUUCUUUGAGUCAUCCUUAAAGACAGCAGGUGCCCUGUUUGUAAAUCAAAUGUUUAUGGAGUAGAUUUACCCAGCAAGAAACAUGUUGUAGUUUAAAAUGGUGAAUGAGACAGUGGAGAAUGUGGAGUCUUGUAACUCAAGAUUGAAGCUUAAAGAUGACCCUUGGAAAUGGACUGAAGAGCUGCUUUUUGCAUAAAUGAUUGCACAGUGUGAUGGACAUGCAGGAAUAUGACACUACGGAAUCACUGAGGACUUUGCACCAUGUUGUACAGAACCAUGACUUUAUUCUUUCUGUCAUGCCUUAAAUGACCUGAAGAGUGGCCAACUCAUUCUCUAAAACAGUAGCAGAUAAGGACUGAACCUCCAAAAUCUCCUGUGUGAUUGCAAAGACCACAUUGUCACUUGGCCAACAUCUUUUACCCAUGCUCAGAACUAAUAAAGUGGACAUCAGUGA